UCCCUGCAAAAGUUGAAAAGAUUUUGGCUGGGUGGCUGGGAAGGGAAAUAUGGGGAGACGUCACUGCAGUUUUUACUUGAAUUGUGCAUUUUUAUUCAUGUGUUCCAUUGGGUGGAUUUCUCUUCCUCCUGUCAAUGCCGCUCUGAAGCAGUACCAGUUUGAUAUUCAAGUAAAGAAUGUUAGUAGGUUGUGCCACGCGAAGCCUAUUGUGACAGUGAACGGAAUGUUUCCUGGACCAACUAUAUAUGCCAGAGAAGGAGAUAGAGUUCAAAUUAAUGUUACAAACUACGCGCAGUACAAUAUGUCCAUCCAUUGGCAUGGUUUAAAGCAAUACCGCAAUGGAUGGGUAGAUGGACCAGCUUAUGUAACACAAUGUCCACUCCAGACGGGGCAAAGUUACACGUACGAUUUCAAUGUGACAGGGCAGAGAGGUACGCUAUGGUGGCAUGCACACAUUUUCUGGCUGAGAGCCACAGUUUAUGGGGCUAUUGUCAUAAUGCCUGAACAAGGGAUGGCAUAUCCUUUCCCUCAGCCCGAUUUCGAAUUCAAUUUAGUCUUAGGAGAAUGGUGGAAUGAUGAUGUUGAAGAGGUGGUUAAACAAGGUAACAAGCUGGGACUACCUCCAAGGAUGUCGGAUGCACACACCAUAAAUGGCAAACCAGGGCCACUUUUCCCGUGUUCUGAAAAACACACAUACGCCGUGGAAGUUGAACAGGGGAAAAAAUAUCUCUUCAGAAUCAUCAAUGCUGCACUCAACGAUGAGCUUUUCUUUGCAAUUGCUGGACAUAACAUGACUGUGGUAGAAGUCGAUGCAGUCUAUACAAAACCUUUUUCAACUGAUGCAAUUCUGAUAGCGCCUGGCCAGACAACCAAUGUUCUUGUUCAUGCCAAUAAAAUCUCGAGUAGAUAUUUCAUGGCUGCAAGGCCUUUCAUGGAUGCACCGCUUCCCAUUGAUAACAAAACUGCUACUGCUAUUCUGCAGUAUAAAGGAGUCCCAAAUAACGUAUUGCCUAGCCUUCCUAAUUUACCAGCUCCUAAUGACACUUCCUUUGCACUGAGCUACAACGCUAAGCUUAGAAGUCUAAAUUCACCACAAUUCCCAGCAAAUGUGCCCCUUAAAGUUGAUAGGCAUCUGUUUUACACUAUAGGUUUGGGAAUGAAUCCAUGUCCUACCUGCCAAAAUGGGACGCGACUCACUGCUUCCUUGAACAAUAUCACUUUUAUAAUGCCUCAAAUUGGUCUGCUCCAGGCACAUUAUUUUAACCUUACAGGGGUCUUUACAACAGAUUUUCCAGAUCGUCCGCCAACUCCAUUCAACUACACUGGUGCACCACUUACAGCCAACCUAAGAACUGUGCGAAGCACCAGGCCACGUCUUAGUAGGAUUGCAUUUAAUUCAACGGUCGAGUUGGUGCUACAAGAUACCAAUCUUCUCAGUGUGGAGUCUCAUCCAUUCCAUCUCCAUGGUUACAACUUCUUUGUCGUGGGUACUGGAAUUGGGAACUUUGAUCCUAAGAAAGACCCAGCAAAAUACAAUUUGGUUGAUCCUCCAGAAAGAAACACAAUUGGAGUUCCUACAGGUGGUUGGACUGCUAUAAGGUUUAGGGCUGAUAAUCCAGGGGUUUGGUUCAUACACUGUCACCUAGAGCUCCAUACAAGCUGGGGACUCAAGACAGCUUUUGUGGUAGAAAAUGGUCCAGGCCCAGAUCAAACUAUAUUACCUCCACCCAAAGAUCUUCCCUCUUGUUAGAUGAUCCUGAUUGAUUUGAUUAUUUUUCAAAAUGGGGGAAAGUUAAUUAAUUGACAGUUGAUUGUGAACCUUCCUGCAAAAUGCAGGAAGAAAGGGUGUUAUAUUAUGAGAAGUUCAAAGAAAUUGUUUUGUAUCCCUUCAUUCUUUGAAAUGUAAGCUCAGACCAAUUCUGAGGAAUAAAAUUCCAGAUCUGCAUUCUGAUAUAACGCAUAACAGCAGAUCCUGUUUGCUCA